UACUGGCCAGGGGCUGGUGGUGCCAGCAGCAGCCAUGAGGGUCCCGGGGCGGCCCCUAGCCCUGCAGCACUGGUUCCGCCACUCAAUUCCUCUCACUAUCUUCCUGCUGCUGCUUCUUUAUCUCAGUGUUCGGAUCCUGGGGGCCCUCUUAGGCUGCGGAUCUGGGGCACAGGCCUGCAUUCGGGAGGGACCGCCGCCCUUCCAGGUCCAGCAAGAGUUGGGAGCCCUGGUGGCCCCACAAUGGAAAGAGCCUCCCUGUCUGGAACCUCAAGGGAUGCUGGGCCGCAUGAUGAGGCCAUUCCAAGCCAGUCUGAACCCCGCAGGGGAUGUGGAGUUGUCGCAGUAUUUGGCAGGAUGGAGGGAACUAGUCAAGCUCCUAACUCCCUUGGGCUCCAUCUUCACCUUCGCCACAAGCGAGGCCUCCACCAAGGUGACAGCCCUCGAGGCUCGGCUGCGCGGCCCAGACGCAGAGCACUACACUUCGCUGGCGGCCAUGGCGGCGUGGGAGCGGCGGGCGGGCCUGCUGGAGCGGCCCGGGACCGUCCCCAGGGACCCGGCCCGGUCCUCGGGCUCACGCACGCUGCUCUUGCUCCACCGCGCGCUGCGCUGGUCCCAACUCUGCCUCCACCGGGUGGCGACCGGGGCGCUCGGAGGCCCGGACGCCGGCGCGCAGUGCGGCGACGCCUACGGCACGGCCCUGGCCCCACACCACCCCUGGCUCAUCCGUCAGGCCGCCCGCCUCGCGUUCCUCUCCUUCCCGGGUCGCGGCCGCUUGCUCGAGCUGUCGUGUCCAGGAACCACAGAGGCGGAGGCGCGGACCGCUCUGACCCGGGCCGCCGGCACCCUGGAGGAUGUCUACAACCGCACCCAGGGCAUGCUGGCCGAGCUCGGCCUGACGCAGCUGGCCUGAGGACGGCGGCUGCAGGGGACCGGCACGGAAGGGCGCGCCCAGGGGCAGGGCCAGCGAAGCCCAGGCUCCAGGCUGGCGGCCUAGAUACCCCGCCUGCCUAGUGACGCCGCCGCGGCUGAGGCCCGCCCUCUGCGGGGGAUGAUUUUGAGUUCUAUCCGCCGUCUCAGAAAGAUGGGAGGAGCUGUGAGGAAUAAAAAGUGUUCUUUGGCAGCUGUCGACGCAGGGCGUUUUGUGUGAUGACGGCAGGCACUUAACGGAAAUAAAAAAAUGUAUAUGGGAAGAUGUGUCAUCCCUGUUCCCAGCUGCUGAGAGACUCAUGCUACCCCUGGCCUAUCUCAGCCACUCCCGUGGCAAAUGCAUGCCAAGUCUCCAGCCCAGACCUAUCCCCUGAGCUCCACCCCAUACAGUCAACUCUUUCCUGGACACUUCCAGACACCGCACAACUUCCCCCCAGA